CAUUUCUUCAUAUUCUGUAGUCACUCCAGUUGUUCUGCUUGUAGGAACAGAUGUCUCUUUCCUGGGCUGAUAGCACUCAGGUCCACAAGGAAAUUUUCUUACCAGCAGCUCCUCUAACAUAGAAGGGAGAUCGGGCCAGAGAUUACUGGAAGUCAAUGACCAUGCCGACCUCCUCCACCCAAAUGCCAGCCCUUGACUCUAUCAAUUCCACCGAGCAACCUAACUCCAACAUCAACUUGUUCUCCAAGUUCAUCCACUCAGACAAACAAUUGUUCACAGAUUUUUAUAGCCUGUGGAUUGUCCUGAUGGUAGUCAAUGCCAUCAUUUUCCUGGUGGGUGUUGUUCUGAACAGCUUGGCGCUGUAUGUCUUCUGCUUCCGUACCAAGACAAAAACCACCUCUGUUAUUUACACCAUCAACUUGAUUGUAACUGAUCUCCUGGUGGGCUUUUCCUUGCCUGUCCGGAUCAUCAUGUUCUACAGUGCAGGGGAUUGCAAGAAUUGUUCCUUGGUUCACAUCUUUGGCUACUUUGUCAACAUGUACUGCAGCAUCCUCUUCUUGACGUGCAUCUGCGUUGACCGCUACCUGGCAAUAGUGCAGGUGGAAGCCUCACGUAAAUGGAGGAACCCCACCUGUGCCAAGGGGAUCUGCAUCUUCAUUUGGAUCUUUGCCACUGUGGUGACUUUCUCCAUCCUGACCAUGGCAAUACGAUUUGCCAAGUGCUGCCUCUCCAAGAUCCUAGUCCUGAUGGUCUGCGAGUACUUCUUCCCCCUCAUCAUAAUCAUCUUCUUCACCACCAGGAUUAUGUGUGCCCUGUCCAAGCCCAGCCUCAUGCACCAGAGUCGGGAGAGGAGAAUGAGGGCUGUGCAGCUCCUUAUCACCGUCCUCAUCAUCUUCAUGAUCUGCUUCACUCCUUUCCAUGUGCUGCAGGUCGCAAUCUCCAUCAACCCAGACAUGCCCCACAAUGUCAGCCUCCUCGUCUACCACGUGACAGUGACUCUGAGUAGCCUCAAUAGCUGCAUGGACCCCAUUGUCUAUUGCUUUGUCACCAAUAACUUCCAGUCAACCAUGAAAAACAUCUUCAGGAAAACCGAGCCAGAGCAAACUAAUGCAGACAUCCUGGGUAUGAACAAGAACUCCAAGUGCUCCAACGCAAACAUCACCUUCUCAAACACAAUAGGAAGCCCUCUGAGCUUGCCAUCACCAAGCAGUGUUCAGAUAUAACCCACAUCUGAUGGGACACGUUGCAGUAAGCCAGUGCCAUGAUGCUGGAAUAUUGAUAGGAUGCACAAUACUAUAGUUUUUGAACCCUUUGUGGUUUAGGCUGAGGUUCAGACUGACAGUGGUGGAAUUCAUUCCUCAAGAACAUUGCGGUCUGUUUCGAAAUGGAACCUACAAUGCUGUUAGUACCAUACAAAAGAGAGUCCAAUAAUUACUGUUCCCAGUAGGGAAGUUUUCUUUGUAUUUUAAUACAGACAUUUUGCUAGCAACAAACUCUUUACUGUGGUUUUCUUUGCAUGUUUGUCAUCAUAAUUCAACACUUCUAGGAUGACUUAGAAAGCAGGAUAGCUCUGGUUUGUAAUGAAAGAUUUUAUGCCUAUAUACUUAAGAAUAAAGUACAAGAAGGAUGUUUCCAGAGCUAUCC